GGGCACAAAACAAUUAAGUUCAUCAAAUCACGGGUUCCGACCAUUACAAUUGCAAUUGCAAUUCUUAAUAUGUGAGCGAUUUCUAUCAAAACCGAAACAUUUACCCUAGAAUACUGAUAACAUAUUUUAGUUCAGCAAUCUAACUAAUGAGGAGGUUACCUAAUAAACAUUAGAUAAAACCUCUCACAUCAUAAAUUAUAUUGAACAGACAAUUUGUCUAUAACUAAUUUUAUCCCCCUUCGAAUCUCGAAAUAAUUACAUAUCAAUUACCCGUCUAUCAAACUGCAAGGUGCACAUAAUUCAAACAACAUCACUGCAUGCUUAUCAGUAGGUACUGCCCUCGCAGCCCAUAUCGAUGAAUAAAUCGCUCAACUAUCGAAGAAAUUAUCAAUGAACUUGAAUUUUAAUGUGUCGCACGCAUGUGCACGCGUCUCGAACGCAUAUCUACACCAUCGGCGCGGGCGGUCAAUGAUUGAUAACCUAUCGGAACAAGCAGUCAAGUGUUGUAGGGGAAGGGUGUCUGUUUUAUUGGCAACUCUUGUCGGAUCUAAUGACUACGACAAGCAGCGUGGUCCUUAGUGCUUGGCGCAUGAAGAAUAGAGAUACUUGAAGCCGAGCGUGCAAAUGGCUUAUUUAGCGGAUGAAUUAGGGUGGUUCAUGAAUAAAAAAAAUGUAUCUAAGUCAAUCAGCAAAUGGAGUAAGGAAAUAUGCAAAAAAGGGUUUUAUAGUCGGACACAAAUAUUUGAAUAUCCUUGAAAUUGACAAUUGAAGUGGUGAGAAACACCCUAGAAAAAAUAUUCUAUGACAUUCAUGAACAAAAUACUGAACUCUAGAUUGUCACAUAGAGCACCUACACACGGAAACACGUGUCUUGGGCUUACACCGAAGGUAGGGUCUUCCCUCAAAUGCACCCAUCCUGUCAAUCAGUGUCGCAAUGUGUACGCAAUCGGAUCGUUGUCAGUUUCGUUAUCGCGAUAGUUUGCAAUCGUGGACCGCUAUCGCUGCGCUUGUUAUCGUCAUAGUUGUCCAAUCUAGCAAUGGGCUUGCGAAAGCUAGGAAAGGCGAAGACUAUUGUCACACCAGCUUGUGCCCGGUGGGAACUCGCCACAUAGCAUGUGAAGAAAGAAACAAAUUCGGGAGAAAUUGCAGUCGACCAAUGCUGAUUAAAAUGACACCCAAAUAUGUGAACAUGAUACUGAACUAUCAUAAUGCUAAAAGAAACGACUUGGCUUGUGGUACUAUGCGACGUUUCGCUUCAGCAAGUUCGAUGAAGAAGAUGCGUUGGAACGAUGAACUAUCUCAUUUGGCUGAGUUCAAUGCCAAACGAUGCCACUUUGACCACGAUGAAUGUCACAACACCGUCAAAUUCCGUCACACCGGCCAAAGCAUCGGAAUGAAAUGGUUUCAUGGCUUGAAUCUCACGUCAACCCAGAUCGUAAGAGAUCUGAUUCGGAAGUGGUAUCUUGAACACAAGCAAACCACACAGCAAGAUUUGGAUCUCGUUGAGUUCAAACCAAACGGGUUCGUGAUCGGUCAUUUUACCCAAAUGGUUCACGCGGACACCGCCGAAAUAGGAUGCGCGUUGACACGGUUCAUCAAGCACCAGAACAAUCUUCAGUUCCUCCAUUACUACCUGGUCUGCAACUAUUCGGAAGGAAACUUCGAGAGCCGACCGGUCUACCGGAAAGGAAAACGUUGCAGUAAAUGUAAACAUGGCUGCACCAGAGGAAAGUAUCGUUGCCUAUGCCGCGAUUAGAAUGCUUCGCGAUUUGUUCACCUUGAGAGACGCUCAACCCCGCUCGGCAGCCGUCUCGGAGUACCUGUUCACAUUAUACAAUUUUCGAGUACUCUUACAAGCUGUAAAUAAUACUUCUUCCACAUAUACAUGUCCAAAACACGAUAAAAUGAGGAAAAUAUAUUUGCCUUUCUAAAACACGCGUCCUUAACUGCGCCACGGUGACAAAUGAGCGAGAGGAUUAAUAGUAAGUGUUUAUUGUUAUCGUGCUUUAUCAACUAGCUGUACGUGAUAGCAUUUAGAAAUCACUGCUGAAUCAUAUGAACGAUCUGCAAUAGCUGAUCUAGGCGCAGCCAAGCAAUAAUGUUAUGUGUUGGAAUGCAUACAGUGCUAACGGAACGGGAAAUUAAUUGUUAUCUGGACGGAAGUUCAUGUUUCGUAAUUUUCAGUGUCAUGCCUAGAAGCACAAUAUUCAAUGUCAUUAUUUGUUUAGUAAGGGUGUGGCAACGAAGAUAAAUCAUUGCAUUGCUAAUAUACUCCUGGUCGUUUGAGUUCAUCCUCAGAAAAUAUAGGCAAACGCUUAUGACAAUUUACUCUGGAAGAGUGUUAUAAAACCAACAUA